AACCAGCACUCACACACCAGCAACCAAGCAAACAAGAGCAUAUACCCCCAAGAGCAUUCAUACGACACAAUCAUAAUGUCAGUCGAAGAAGUUACCAAGGCCGUUGAGGAGGUGAAGAUUGAUGAGGCGCCUGCUACCGCUCAGGAGGUGCAGGAUGAGACGAAGGCUGCGGGGGCUGUCGGAGCAAGCCCUAGGGUGUUCUUUGGCAACCUCGCUUUCAAGACUACCCAGUCCGAACUCCGCGAACUCGUCUCCCCCACCGCCGUCCCCACAAAGGUCUUCCUACCCUUCAAGAACCGCCGUCCCCUCGGCUACGCCUUCCUUACCUUCUCUACCGAAGAAGACGCCGACCGCGUCGUCUCCGAAUUCGAAGGUCGCGAAAUUGCCGGUCGUAAGCUGCACGUCGACAAAGCCAAGAUCAGCCAGACCAAGAAGAAGAGGUCUGACAAGCCUGCUGAAGGAGAAGAGAACAAGGGUAUUGCUAUCAAUAUUCCUGGACAGGCUGAUGCGUUGGUUAAUGCGGAUGAGAAUGCGGCUGUGGAGGGAGCUCACGCGGAGGCUGACGCGACUGCCCCGACCAAGGCCCCAAGAAAGCGCAAGAACCGCAAGAACAACAAGAAGAAGUCCUCUACCACCGCCAACGCCAACGGCUCCAGCGAGGGCGAGGGCGAAGGCGAGCAGACUGGCGACGAAGCCACCACUAAGAAGGACAUCCCCGAAGGCGCAGUCGAGGACGGAACUCAGCAACUGAACAACACCGCUCCGACUCAGAAGGAAAAGAAAUCCAAGACUCCCAAGCAAAAGGGUCCCCCCACCGGCCUCCCCUCCAGCACAACCGUCUUUGUAGCAAACCUCCCCUACGACUACACCUCCACCCAACUCCGCGCCCUCUUCACCGCCCACUCCCACACCCCCCUGUCCGCCUCCGUCCCACCCCGUCCCGUUCCCUCUCAUAUCGCCAAGAAGAUCGCGGAACGCGGAGAGUCCCGUCGUGGUCGUGGAUUUGGGUUCGUGGUGUUUGAGGGGAACGAGGGGCAGGGGAGGGCUGUGGAGGGGAUGAAUGGGGUUGAGGUCGAGGGAAGGAAGAUUGGUGUCAAGGUUGCUAUUGACCCGCCUGUGAAGCAGGGCGAGGAGGGUGAGGUUAAGGAGGAGGGAGCUGUUAAUGAGGAUAGUGGGCAUGCGGCGACUGAGAAGGAGGAGGGUGAGAUUGAGGUUGAUGUCAAGGAGGAGGCUGUUUCUGCUUAAGUCAUGGAGAGAGCGAUUUUGAGAAUGUACGAUGAGCAGUUUGCAAGAUAGCGAGGAAGUGGAGAGCAUAUAUGCGUGUAGUGAGUGGCUCUUCGGAGCCGUGAUGAGACGAUAUUUUGGCUAUUGCUAGGUGUUUUGCUGCGGUCCAGUAUUUUGACUGCCGCGCUUGUGACAACAUG